AUGAUAAAUACCUUUUUUAUUACCACCCCAGGUAGAGGUAUACUAUCUAAGCGUGGCCACGCGCUUGAGGCGCUCAAAGAAGUGGAUGCUAUUGUGUUUGAAAAGACAGGAACGCUCACAACUGCUAUUAGUGUCUUUGAGGCAUCAAAUAGCGUUGAUCAAACACAGCUCUGGCGUUGUGUUGCUGCUGCAGAAAGAAGUAGCGAACACUUACUAGGUAAAGCGCUCCUGGCAUACGCUGAGGCUCAACUGCAGGGUUCCCGAGUUGACCAAGCGCAGGAGGUUGAGUCUGUUCCAGGAUGCGGUGUCCAUUGCACCGUGCGCGGUGUUGAUGUGUGGCUUUGUUCUCUCACAUGGGUUAGACAGCAGACGUACGGUGACUGUCGCGGCCUGAAAAUUCCUGCAGAAUUUGUCGAAGCAAACCGACGUUUUCAGACUCAAGGCUGCAUAGUCGUGCUCGCUGUCAUUGAUGGCGAAUUGCUAUCUGCAGUUGCGCUAAAAGAUGACCUGCGCCCGGAAGCCAAAUGUGUCAUUGACCAACUGAAGCGCGAGGGAGUACAGCCAUGGAUUGUUACCGGCGACCAGCGUGGCACCGCAACGAACGUGGCGAUGGCGCUGGGGUACCUGCGGGCUGAAAUUCUGCCUCAUCAAAAGGUAGACAAGGUGCGCUUGCUGCAGAGCCUCGCCGGAACUGAUAUUGCUCUCAAUGCUGCUGACGUUGUGCUCGUUGAGGACGACCUACGUGAUUUGCUAAACGCCCGCGCGCUUUCAGGCGUCACUAACAGGCACAUCAAGCAUAACUUUGCUUGGGGUGUCAUGUACAACCUGCUGAUGAUGCCUAUUGCAUGCGGCGCAUUCUAUAUUCCAUUCGGGGUGUGGAUUCCUCCAGCCUUUGCCGGUUUGUCGGAGCUGCUAUCGACCGUACCUGUGAUCCUCUUCUCACUGCUGCUUGAUUUUUGGAAGCCACCGUUCAGUGGUGACUGGGGUCUACAACAAACCCACGUGGCUAUUGAUGUAUCGGAAUCGACACCUUUGCUGCCGAAGCAGUACCAAGGUGCUCUCUAUACAUGA